CCACUCUCCACGCCCAAGACCGAUCGCCGAAACAAAACACUAUCGACGGUGUCUCCCACGAAACACGAACUAUGUCGUCUUCCAACUACGUCUCCACCGGCCAAGCGCGCUACCUACGGGCAUGCAUGGUCUGCUCUAUUGUCAUGACCUACGCCCGCUUCCGCGACGAAGGCUGCCCUAACUGCGAGGAAUUCCUACAUCUUCAGCACUCGCAAGACCAGAUCGAGAGCUGCACCUCCCAAGUCUUUGAGGGAGUUAUCACCCUCGCAAACCCGGCCAAAUCAUGGAUCGCAAAGUACCAGCGCCUCGACAACUAUGUACCUGGCAUGUACGCCAUCAAAGUGUCGGGUCAACUCCCCGAUGAAAUUCGAUCGACGCUGGAAGACGAGUAUAGAAUACAGUACAUUCCACGUGACGGCACAGAGGCGGAGAACGAUGCUUAGAACGCUAUGCAUUCAACUGGCUUGGCAUAAUAUCUUCUACUGAUUCUGGCGAAACUGGCGUUAGAGGGACUGGCAUAAGAGUAAAGAUUAUGAAAAUCGCAUAUGAUCAUUUAAAAAGUGUCGUUGUGGUAUCUAUGGUAGAAUAAAGCAAAAACGCCCCAUGCAAUUAUUGGGCUUAACAUAAUUGAACCCUUGCCAUUUGCUAUAACUCUUGUAACCCGGUCCAGGCUGAUAUACAAUCCCUAAUAUCAUCAGUUAUUUCUCUGCUUCUUACCAGAGCCCAUCCCAAAGCUGAAACCAGCAGACUCUCUUGAUCGUUUCUUCUCCAUCUCCUCCUUCAUUAUACGUUCAGCCUCGCUCAUUUUCUUUGGCUGUUCAAUCCUUGCUGGUUUCUUCGAUCCUGAAGAGAGGGCGUUCUUCUUGGCCUGGGCGAAAACGUUCUUGGCCUGAGGCUUUCCGCCAAGCUUCAUUGAGAUACCUCCAAAUCCACUGGGCUUUACUGGCGCUGCUUCCGGCUCUUUGCCUUUGUCCGUACUUGUGUCUGCUGUCUUUGAAGAUUCUGCUUCAGGAGUUGUUGUAUCUGGCACCGGACUCUCUGAUGACUUCUUUUCAGAAGCAGCUGGCUUCGCUCCAAAUGAGAGCUUGAUCUUCUCGCCUUCUUGUCGCUUUAGCUCUCGAGCUUCAUUGUCCUCUUCUUUCUCCUCUUCCCGACUGCCGGCGGUAGCUUGUGCUCGCUUAAUCUGCUCCCGAAUCAUUCGCUGUUCUAUCUCCUCGUUGCCUUGAUCCUGGGCCUCUUUGCGUCUUAAUGCUUCCUGUCGUCUUAGGGCUUCUGGAGACCGGUCUAUCCACGCUAUGUGAAUACCCUUAUCGUUUUCUUCGACGCGGCAAAUUCCCUCGCGGCCAAGAUGUUUCGCGAAUUCCGUUAAGCUAGCAAAAGAGGUAGAAUUCAUAUGUACGUGUUCCUUGUUUCGUAUGUACUCCUGAUAAAAAUGGUUGAUAUGUACUGGCUUUUCACCAUGACCGGUCCUGAGAAGCUGAAGAAAGUCUGCCUGAAACUGCUGCGUGUACGAUUUUAUGUAUUUCUUGGGGUCUUCGCCGACAAGCAACAUUUGCCGAACGUGAGAUUCCGACAUCUACCAUGAUAGUUAGUGAUUGGCUUGCUCACUGCUUUAUCUCGGAUUUGGACCAAACCGUAUGCUGUUUAAAUCCAUUUG